GGGAGGGGUUAACCCGACUCCACGGGCCCCUGCCCCCUCUCUCCCAGGAGUCACUUCAGUAGCUUGUCGCCCCAGUGGCUGCCCUGUGAGCAUGUGUUGCUGGGGGUCUGCGUCAGCACUGGGUAAAUAGAUGACUGGCCAACAGCGCCAGGCGGGGCUAUUUAAGAGGCAGUCUGCUGCCCGCCCACCUUGAACUUGGCUCCGCUCCCCAGCUGCUCUGGUAGCAAAGCGAAGCCAGCUGCGUCCUACUACGAAGCUAUUUGGAGAGGUGCUACAUUUCUUCAAGAGUCUCAUUUCUUCCCCAAGAGUCUUCCCUUUAGGCCAUGAACGGAGGCGUGUGCCUGUGCGUGCUGAUAGCUGUCCUGGCGGCGGGCGCCCUGGCUCAGCCCGCGCCUCUGGCGGACCCCGUCGGCCGCGGAGCGCAGCGGGAGGAGGCGGCGCCCAGGAGGCAGCUCCGGGCGGUGCAGAGGGUGGACGGCGAGCCCCGAGCGCACCUGGGCGCGCUGCUGGCUAGAUACAUCCAGCAGGCCCGGAAAGCUCCUUCUGGUCGAAUGUCCCUCAUUAAGAACCUGCAGAACCUGGAUCCCAGCCACAGGAUAAGCGACAGGGACUACAUGGGCUGGAUGGAUUUUGGCCGACGCAGCGCCGAGGAGUAUGAGUACCCUUCGUAGGGGAUCCAGCCUGAGCGAGACAGGAAGGAAGCUCCCGGCUCAGAGGGGGCAGAAUGAGAAAGCAAUCACACUCAUAACUCAUUUUCUCUGAAGUCUGAUGUUUUAAGUAUCUAUUUAUUACAUGUUCAAUGUGAAAACUCUGUGUAAGAUUGUCCAGUGUACCAUGCACCUCAGCACAACUGUAUGAAUGGAAGACAAAAUGUUUCCCUUGUCUGUGACUCCUGGUCUGAAGUGUUGCUAUGCCAUUAAAGUGAUUUCAUUCUG